AUAAAGUUAAGUUACUGUUCUUUGUUAUAAGCAACUAAAACAAUAAAAUAUUUUUCAAAGUAACUUUCAUAGUUCUUUUUGAACUUCACGUUAGUUUCAUUUCGCUAGGAUAAUGAAGAUCUCAACUUUGCUAGUAUUACUGUUCGCGGUAAUGUUUAGUAAAAUCGACUCUUUCGAAAUGGAUGGUUGUUUAUGUAAAAUUGGAUCAACGCCAAGAAGGGACUUUGACGGUACUAUAAAAUGCUGGCAGGACGAUGUUUACAACAUAACUGAGUGUAUGACUAAAGCGCCAGGAUGCCGAUGCUCAGAUCCAACCGCAGAGGUCCUGGAAAGUGAUGAUGAAGUAGUGUGCUCUAACUUAGGAAUCAAGAAUACGGUCAAACGGUGGCCUUGUGAAAAUAAAGAUGAGUGGAUUUUAUAUUUAUCAGCGAAAAAGAAUCACGAUAUCAAGCAGAAAGAGGCCAGGGUGUCCCGCGAAAAUCGUAAUUAAGUUAUUGAAAGAAAGUAUUAUUGUG